AUGUCACCAGACAAAGAUGGCGCUAUAUCUCUGCACUACUCGUGUUCGAAGGUUCAUCUUGAGUUCAGCCAAUUGUUGAUUGACGAAUACGAGAAAUGCAAAUCAGAAUCCGAUCCUCCAUUACCCACAAUUCACGAUAAAGAUGAACACACGCAUCUUGCGGCUGCUGUGCAGAAUAAUCAACUUGACGUUGUUAGAUGGCUUGCCAGAAUUGAUCCGGAAGGUAUGAAGACACGAAACAAAGUCAAGAGUAGUGUGCUUCAUCACGCUGCUGUAGUCGGCAAUAUUGAAAUUGCUUCUGUUUUCUUGGAAUUAUUGAAACCGUCGGACAAAUGUGCAUUAAUUAUAUCACCAGACAAAGAUGGCGCUAUAUCUCUGCACUACUCGUGUUCGAAGGGUCAUCUUGAGUUCAGCCAAUGGUUGAUUGACGAAUACGAGAAAUGCAAAUCAAAAUCCGAUCCUCCAUUACCCACAAUUCACGAUAAAGAUGAAGACACGCCUCUUGCGUUUGAUGUGCUGAAUAAUCAACUUGACGUUGUUAGAUGGCUUGCCAGAAUUGAUCCGGAAGGUAUGAAGACACGAAACAAAGUCAAGAGUAGUGUGCUUCAUCACGCUGCUGUAGUCGGCAAUAUUGAAAUUGCUUCUGUUUUCUUGGAAUUAUUGGAACUAUCGGACAAAUGUGCAUUAAUUAUAUCACCAGACGAACAUGGCGCUAUAUCUCUGCACUACUCGUGUUUGAAGGGUCAUCUUGAGUUCAGCCAAUGGUUGAUUGACGAAUACGAGAAAUGCAAAUCAGAAUCCGAUCCUCCAUUACCCACAAUUCGCGAUAAAGAUGAACACACGCAUCUUGCGGCUGCUGUGCAGAAUAAUCAACUUGACGUUGUUAGAUGGCUUGCCAGAAUUGAUCCGGAAGGUAUGAAGACACGAAACAAAGUCAAGAGUAGUGUGCUUCAUCACGCUGCUGUAGUCGGCAAUAUUGAAAUUGCUUCUGUUUUCUUGGAAUUAUUGAAACCGUCGGACAAAUGUGCAUUAAUUAUAUCACCAGACAAAGAUGGCGCUAUAUCUCUGCACUACUCGUGUUCGAAGGGUCAUCUUGAGUUCAGCCAAGGGUUAAUUGACGAAUACGAGAAAUGCAAAUCAAAAUCCGAUCCUCCAUUACCCACAAUUCACGAUAAAGAUGAAGACACGCCUCUUGCGUUUGAUGUGCUGAAUAAUCAACUUGACGUUGUUAGAUUGCUUGCCAGUAUUGAUCCGGAGGGUAUGAAGACACGAAACAAAGUCAAGAGAAGUGUGCUCCAUCACGCUGCUGUAGUCGGCAAUAUUGAAAUUGCUUCUGUUUUCAUAGAACUAUUGAAACCAUCGGACAAAUGUGCAUUAAUUAUAUCACCAGACAAACAUGGCGCUAUAUCUCUGCACUAA